CCUAAUAGUAGAGUUAAACGAAGAAGAGGAAUGUCCUCUGCGUAGAGAUUUCAAACAUGGGCUCCAGAGUAACACGCUUGAUUAGAAACUUUAAUCUGGAGAAUCGCGCUCUCCGAGAAAUAAGCAAAGCAAAACCUCGAGCAGCACCACGACAUCCAACAUCAAGCAAGUUUCCACAAGAAGGAACUGAGGCAACCAGCAUUGCAGAAGAGAUUCACCAGAGGAAUGACCCACUGCUGUCGAUGCUCAAGGAGGUUUAUGUGGAGUCUAAAGAUCCAGUUCCUCAGGAGGAAACAGUCGCUGUGGUGAAGAAGGUCAAGCAGAAGAACCAGCGCAGGCUGCUAAAGUUCAGUCUACCGGGCGACCCCUAUGGUUUCUGUGAUGUUACCGAUGUUCCCAAAGGCAAACUGUCGCUUGUGGAAGCUUUAACUGGACUGAACAAUCACAAACGCAUGCCUAAAAUAUGGACUCCAGAGAAGCUGGCACAAGAGUUUUCUCUGGACCCAAAAGAUGCCAAAGCGCUGACAGAUUUCUUCUUUCCCUUUGACGUCAAAAUCAUUCCACCAAAAUCAGAGGAGACUAAGCAGAUUAAGGAUUCUUAACACAUGUGAACACUGUUCUAUACAGACUUGAGCCGUCGCUGAAACAUGCACAAUGAAUAAUUGCCUCAA